AAAGAGGCGAGCUCUGGGUGUGAAAAGUUUAUAGAAGAAAUUACUCAUCGCUCCCACCACUACCACCACCAGCGCUAUCUGUGUCUCUCUCCCUGUCUCUUUCUCUCUCUUUCGUCAACGCCACCGCUGCCGCCGCGCCCUACCAAUCGAAGAGCAGGAGUACUAGAUCGGGCCCGUGACAGUUGUGUGUUGCAGACAGUGAACAAGUGUCAAACCCCCGGGGUCGUGUCCCAGUCGUCGCUUUUUACACAUCGCGCAGAAUUGAGGAACUCGUUUAGUUUUGUCUUUCGAUUAUUUGGUGGUGAAUAGAUUCAUUAGCCCACACAAAAAAACAACGGUGGGUUUUCCGGUGAAACAAAUCAGCUAAAGCGGACCCUCCCGAGACGGCCAAAAACCUCUUCCACCCUCCGGAUCUACCAACAUCACUAGCACCCAACAGGCUACAGAAACAAUGGCGGAUGUUGACGAUGUGAUAAGCGACCAGGACAAGAUCCGAAUCGCGUCCGACUUCCUGAUGCACGCACCGCCCGGCGAGUUUAACGAAGUCUUCAACGAUGUGCGCGAGCUGCUGAACGACGAUCGGCUGCUGAAGGAGGGCGCGAGUGCCGCCUGCGCCCAGUACAACAAGGACCAGCUCACUCCAGUGAUCCUCGAAAACUCCGAGCUGGCCGUGCUCAUCACAGAGUUUAACGAUCUCGGUGGUGGCCGUUUCUUCGAUCCGCGCACCAAGCAAAGCUUCAAGUUCGACCACCUGCGCAAGGAAGCGUCCGAUCUGCAGAACCACGACGGCGACCACACGUCCGAGCAGUGGCGCGCGAUGCUGGACAUCGAGACGCUCACAUACUCCGCCAACCACUACCGCAACGGGUCCUGCUCGGUGUUCGGCCGAACGGUGAACGGGCAGAUCACGCUCAACGUCUGCAUCGAGGACCACCAGUUUCAGCCGAAAAACUUCUGGAACGGCCGGUGGCGCUCCGUGUGGGCGAUCACGUUCCCCGCGACCGGGGGCGGCACGGCCGAGCUGAAGGGUUCGCUCAAGCUGCAGGUGCACUACUACGAGGACGGCAACGUGCAGCUGGUGUCGGCGAAGGACUGCCGCGAGACGGUGCCGAUCACGAACGAGGCCAACACGGCGAAGGAAAUCAUACGACUGAUCGAGGAGAGCGAGCACGACUACCAGACGGCAAUAUCGGAAAACUAUCAGACGAUGUCCGAUACGACGUUCAAGGCGCUCCGGCGGCAGCUGCCCGUAACGCGAACGAAAAUCGACUGGAGCAAGAUCGUAUCGUACAGUAUCGGUAAGGAGCUGAAGACGCAAUAAAAAGCGCAAAAGCGGGCGCGCUGCCUUCCCCUCCUUUCCCGGACAUACACACACGCUGCAGACGGCGGGGGCAGUCUGGCGAGGUCGGUCGGAUACGGCAGAACACGCGACAUAUAAAUAAGGAACUAAGGCGUAUGCGCCUGUUAAAGGGCAAGGGCGCGCGAAACACGAGGAAAGUUAAAAAGGGAAUGCGAACUAGAAAAAUGAGGCGACAAGGUGAAGCUUUUUUUCUUCUUCUUUUUGUUUGUUAAUUUCGUACGUACAAGAUGAUAGCAAGAUCCCCUCCCCGUGCGCAAUGCUAAUGGAGUAUCAGCAAUGGAAGGUUCCGCAGCGAGAGAGAAAGAGAGAUCCGCAAACACGCACGAAGGACCAGAGUUCUUUCAAAAACUAGUAUUCAAAAGCGCCGUUUGAAAUAUGAUAAGGGGAAGUAGUGGAGCGAUAGUAGCCCCCAUACACGAUGCGUAACCCAUCGUCCACGAUCGCCUCUCGUGGUGGUGUUGGUUAAUGAUAUAGGGAACCUGUCCAUUCACAGACGAUACCGAUCUCUGUUCGCUGUCUGUUUGCUGCUUUAGAUUCGCGUUUAAUUCCCUUUUCCUAGAGCCUGCUUUUUUGCGAUCGAUCGAACAUCUUGAGACGUUCGUUUUCUAUCCUUUUUUUACCUUUUGAUUUUAUGAACUACUGUGUAAGUAACAUUUGUGAAUCCAUGAGAAGUAGUAGAACUGUUUAGUGAACAAAAAGGGGCCGUUGAGCGGGGGAGAGAAAUUAAAACGAUACAUUACACAAUCACGUGCGCACGAUACAACACCCGCUGGUAGGCAAUUUACUAAGAACGAAAGCACACAAACCGACAGACAGACACACAUACAUUGUAGCGUUACUACAGGAAAAGCGAGUUGGUUAAACGCAACGGCAAAGCUAAACCGACGCAUGGGAAAUAAAUAUCUAAAACGGAAAAAAAUAAAAAAAAGACCCACAUUAAAACAUUAAUUACUAAUGUCCUUUGGUCCUUUUUCCCAUCUUCUUUUAUGCAAAGAAAGCACAGCUGUUGGGAGGGGUGGAAGGAAAUGGUCCUUCCGAUAAUAGUGGACACGAUCGUUGAUUACUUUUUGUACGCAGUUUUGCCAUUAUAUUGUACACCUACCCACCACCGCCAAUGUUCGGUGGCCAUUUGUUAAUGGUUAGUUAAUGGGGGGGAGGUACGAUCGAGCGCUUCGAAUAGAGAGGACAGUGUUAGCACCCGAGCUAUGAUUUAAUAAGCGAUUUAAUAGAGAAAAUAAACGUUGUGGAAUGUAGGGCACGACGGAUCGAUCUGUUCAAUCCGUUCAAUUUGCAAAAAAAAACCCCGUUGAAUGUGGUCAAUAGUUUAUUUGAAAAAAAAAACAAAACAAAACAAAGUGCAUUACAAUGAAGUGCUCUGACAAAGAUGUGUGCACCGCUUUCCCUGUUAAACAGGGAUUUUCUUGGGUUCUUAUAGUUGUGGGACACUUUCUUGACUAUUUCUAACUGGAAUUUAACGCUAACGAAGGGAAUCCUAUUAGAAAUAGGAGAAAGUUGCUACAGAGUUCAAUUCCUCUUCACAUGUAGUUCAUUUCCUUUUAGAAACAUUCAAGAAAGUGUCCCACCACAAUGAGUACUUCUGAAAAAUCCUGUAAAGUAUAUAAGCACGGACGCCACAGAGAAAAAAAACACGCACAUUUCCCUUGCAAUUUUGACUAAGCUAAUAAAAAAAAAACAUACACCUUGCUUAUAAUUUAAUCUCGAGUGUUACAAUAAAAAUACAUGCUUUCGUGAGUGAGUUUUGUUUUCGAUGCAAAACAAAUAGUGCCACACAGACUAGCAUCAUUUCAACCUGGUGGUACAUCUAAGCAAGAGGAGAGGUGUGCUUUGGGGUUGUUUUUUUUUUUACUAAAUGCAUUUAAAAGUAAGACGGAAGAAUACAUACAUGUAAAUGAGCUAAAGAUACCACCGUUUAGAGUGUUUUUGAUUUGAUUUGCCAUUUUCGUUGGCGCUGCUAUCAUUUGCCCGCAUAGCACGCGGUAGUGAUGGUGGAAAAGGUGGCCAAAAAAUGAGGAAAAUUCUGAAAACUACUGGAAAUGUGUGUUUGUGUAUGAAUUUGUCAUGUUUUACUAGAGAAAGGAGAGUGAACGUGAACGAACGCGGUUAACAAUGAGAGUAUGAUCAACGGCAGCAAUUAUGUGUUAGAUAUACUAAAAAAAAUCAAAUGAAAGUAGAAGAGCAGAAAACAAAAGAGAAAACAGUUUCAUCGAAUCGAAAAAUGCUAGAGGAAGUAAUGCAGUAGAAAAGUAGGUGCAAUUAUAGAGGUGAUUCAGAAUCAAAGGAGAGUAGAAGAAGAGGAGGGGUAAAUACUACUAAAAGCCAAUAAAAACGAAUGCAAAAAGCACUAUAAUAACGCUGCCGCACUAACACUCACAGUUA